AUAGUCACUCUAAGUUCGUCGUGCUAGCGUGUGAUGUGCACGUGUAUUUAGUUUGUUGAUAGUUUUUUCGAAUCAUUGCUACGAUGGAAAAUAACAAAACGGAACCUGAUAUAUCUAAUAUUUUAGCGAAAAUUUCGAAUACUUCUUCCUUUAUUGUUAAUAACUAUCAAAACAUGAAGAACGAUCAAGCCAUAGAUACACAGACCGGAAACAAAACCAAUUCUAAUCCAAAAAUAAAAUCAGUGAAACCGGAACAUUGUAUUCCUAGAGGUAUGCCCAAAUCCGGCAGAAUCUGGAAAAAUCAAAAGGAAAAGUUUUCGACUGUUAAGAAAUCUAUUCGAGGGAAAGCAACUGCUAAGCACCUUGCUUACCGAGAGGAAAUGAAACAGAUCAAGGAAUUAUCUCGUUCAAUAAAGGAAGAACGUAAGCAACAGAACGAGGAAAAAAAGCAACGGCAGAUAGAAAAUAAACGUAGGCGAUUAGAGAACGAACGAAAAUCGGAAAUAGUACAGAUAAUUAAAAAUCCAGCUAAAUUGAAACGAAUGCGUAAGAAGCAGUUAAGACAAAUUGAGAAACGAGAUUUUGAUAAAAUAAAAAUAGUAUAGAUCGAUUAUGCUUCGAAACAA